GCUGUCAGAGCAAGUUAUAUCCUGUCCGUAAGUAUUGAUUGAAAAAACUAUAACUGGACAGUCGAGGGCGGGUUGACCUGUUACCGGGCUUUGUCAAGGCCAGCUAGGAAUUAAGUAGCGGUUAAGAUUGGUUCGAGUGAGUGUCAGUCGCCUUAAAGGGGGCGGGAUGAAAAAAAGGCAAAUUAGAAAAAUUUCCCCUCUCUUCGUCUUCAAUGGAUACGGAUGCAAUUGCUAAAUGGUCGUCGCUGGUUUGACUGGGAGAAACAGACAAAGGAGCGAUAACAACUUUGCAUUUUUAAUUUAUAAACAGAUUUACGGAUGGUAUGGUAUUUCACGAGCUACGUUUUUUUUUCUGAAACGUGUGGCGCGGUGUAAAUAGAUGUUCAUUCGUAAUUGCCACUGCGCUAACAACUUUGCUUCAGGCUGUGGGCAUAUCGAUACAUGUCGGUAGAUAAUAAACAAGAAAGUGUUUAAUUUCUACUAUUCCCCGGUUAUUAGGGGGUUACUGUAGCACUGAUGAAGAAGACCCUGCCAGAUGCUAAGACAUUGAUGUGAAACCAGCAAAUUGAGGACACGACGGACUGGAGCAUCGGCUCGCUGUUUAUAACACACAUUUUCUCCCUCCAAGACAUACUUCUGGUGUAUUGAUGCACCCAUUCCAGUGGUGUAACGGGUGCUUCUGCGGUCUGGGACUGAUUUACUCCAAUAAAUCGUGCACAAUGCCUCCCAUCACCUUCCAGGACCUGCCCCUCAACAUCUACAUGGUCAUCUUCGGGACGGGCAUCUUCGUUUUUGUCCUGAGCCUCAUCUUCUGCUGCUACUUCAUAAGCAAGCUGAGGCACCAGGCCCAGAGCGAGCGGUUCGGAUACAAGGAGGUUAUACUCAAAGGUGAUGCCAAGAAAUUAAAUCUUCAUGGGCAGACGUGCGCUGUUUGCUUGGAGGAUUUCAAAGUGAAAGAUGAACUAGGAGUGUUGCCAUGCCAACAUGCCUUCCACAGGAAGUGUCUGGUGAAGUGGCUGGAGGUGCGCUGUGUGUGCCCCAUGUGCAACAAGCCCAUCGCGGGGCCCCCAGAGCAGCACCAGGGCAUCGGAACGCUGCUGGACGAGCUGGUGUAGCCCGGCAACCCCCAAGGAGAGCAGUCUAGACAAGACAUUACAAAAUGAGCCAACACUCCUCAGCCCGCACACAAACACUCUCAAGUCCAUGGUGACACACACGUCUGCCUCAAAAGGACACACUCAAGUUCAGAAACAAAACAGAGAAAGCCAGGGAACUCUAGUACCAGCCCCACCAUGGUAAGGACGGUGAAUAAAAGAGACAGACUAACAGUGUAGUGGGAAAUGAGGGGGAGGAUGCAUCUUCAGUGGUGCCCGAUGUGCAUCUGUGUGACACGCGAUGUAGGUUGGAGGUGUCGGGUUUGUUCUCGAGUGAGAGUUGCUUUCUAUUUUGUUGUGAAAUGGACCCAGCCAAAUGCUGAUAAAUUUGAGACUGGGUUCACAAGAUUUUCUUGCCCAUGGCUAUUCAGCAACAACGCAAAAGUGACUUCAGAUUUGUGAAGAUAUCCACCAACCAAGGAUAGAUUUUUUUAAGGCAGAUUAUAAAUGUAACUGAAAUGCAAGUCAAGUGCAAAAUUUUGGCAUCUCAGUUGCUUUCUGAGAUUGACACUCUUGUACAGGAUGAAUAGCCAGAUUUGCAUUUUUAGAUUUUUAGAGUUGUAUUGCAUUGUCAGUCACACCCACGUUUUUCCUAUUGGUAAACCUGCGAUUGUGUCAGGUAACAUACCAGGGAAUGGGUAGAUAAAUCAUGCAUUAGUCCACAGACACUAUGUCUGCAUUCCUGUUUGUGACAUAUACUU